UAUUCCUCAAAGGUGAAAUUGCAGAGAGCACGAAAACUUUCCUAGAUCUGCUGUUAUGGCGAUAACCACGGUGCAGGUCUUGUAGCCGCCUACGCCAACUAGUUUCAAGUGGUCAGACCCUCUCCUGGCGCUGGCUGUCAGGACGCCACAGAGCCACCAGCGCUAUUCCAGGCAGCAGAUACAAAGUUAUCCUUUUUAUUCCUACAGCCACAGAUUAAGAAAUUAAGAAAAAAGGUCACAGAAAUAUCCCGAUCGUCCCCAGCCACCAGAGGAGCAGAAGGAAAGAGGAAACUCGAGGAGUGAUCCUCACAGGCCCUGCCAUCCCUUCUCUUUCUGUGACUCCGCAUAAACCUCAACAGCCCCGCUCUCUGAUCGUCACCAUAUCCCGAUGCUUCUCCUCCUUCCAUACUGUCAAAAAAAGAAGAAAAAAAAACUCUGCAGCCCUCCUGUCGACUCGAGCUUCUCUGCCUGACCUGACAGUCCCAAUCAACACUCCCCAUCACACACUCCCACCCCGCUCUCCGCAGCAGGUACAGGGCAGGGGGAGGAGACAGCGCCCCCGGCCAGGGCAGUGAGCGUGGGGGCGAGGUCUAACGAGUGGGGGCUCAUUAAUGAAGUGAUUGCGUGCAGUUAAUCGGGUAUGCUGGUGCAUUGUCCCUCCUCUGGGUCUCUCUGUUCCAGGUCAGGUCUGGCAGCCCCACGCCACCGGAUGUGUCACUUCUGACCAGGGAAAACGACGGGUGUCUGCGCAAACAUCGUGGAUCGGCAGCUGCUGAUGCCUCAAGAGGGGUGGAGUAUAAGCGGUUGAGCAGGGGUCUCUGAGCCCUGCCCCCUUCUCCUUCCUGCCUUGUUGACCGACAUCUGCUGUACUGUUUGAACUACAGGACGGGACAGCUGCAGAAGGAGAGGGAACCAGACGCAAAAUAGAGGAAAAAUACACCAUAAUAGAGGAAAAACACUCCGGCCAUUAUUAUCAAAAACAAAACCGCCCCCAAGCCACUGCCCUGCGCCACGUCCGUCACACCGCGACACAAUGACCGUUAUCCUUUCGGGCACAUGCAGCACCAUGUCAUAUUUUCCGUGUACUUUAUGUUAUAGCUGGUGUACAGUCAAAAUACAUAAACAGGUUACCCUUGUCUGACUCGCUUGCAAAAACACCGCGCGAUACUGGGAAACGCUGCUCCAGCUUGCCAUGUGUUUGAGGGGCACUAGACCAUAUCCGCACUGCACCACACUGAAACAACACUAAAAACUUUUAAAUAGUUUGGGAAGUUAGCGUGGCACCUGGCUGCCAGUGCAUGUCUGUGAAAGAAUGGCGUUUGAACAGUAACCUCCUAAAAUGCAGAAAUGAUCACGUCCCUCGUAUUCGUGCUUUUACGGUAGCGCGCCAGCGACCUGCGGCCGCUGUUGAUGACGCAGUGGGUUAAAGUCCCGAAGUAGCCGGAGUGAAAUAUAGAGAAGAGUAAAAGGGAGGACAGGUUGGACGCUUAGGUUGACGAAGUUCUGGUCUCUUGUCAGUCGGGCUGUCCUGGAGGAGGACCGGGGCGCCCGGUCAGUGAGUCCCCGACUGCCUGUGGAGCUCCCACUCACACGGGUGUCCGGUGUGGAGCUGGCACUCGUGGGCAAGCCCGCGCUGACAAGGGUGAAACCUAAGCGAUCACGGGCCAGGCAAUGUAACCGAGCUGCCCACAAGUGCAGCGCUGGAGCGGAAGUUUACUUUUCGUGGUCAUUUUUACUUUUUGCUCGUAGUAAAGCGAGGAGCUAUUAUCUGAAAGGCGACACGACUUGUCUGCCAGUAUUGCUGCUGUUAUUCUCAGUCGGUAAGCAGUCAUGGCAGCAGCGGAAGGGGUGAUCUGGUAGCGCUGUGUGUUGUUACACACGAUCUGUUCCCUGUAACGUAACCCUGCAGUCUUGGCCAGAGCAGGGGCGGCCGUGACUCCCGUGUUUCCCUGUGUCUUCCUGUCUCUGCCCCUGUCCAGUGCCGGCGGCUAUGGCCGGGGUCUUCGACAUCGACCUCGAGAACGAGGACGUCAGCGACCCCGACGACACCGGGGAUGAGGUGUUCGACCCUCCCGGGGCAGAGCCUGACUUGACUCAGUGUGAGGAGGUGGAGCUCUCCCCUCUCAGUGUGAACGUGGGGACGGAGAGAGUGGGGGCCGACUGCUUCGAGCUGCUGCGAGUGCUGGGCAAGGGGGGUUAUGGCAAGGUGUUCCAGGUGCGAAAAGUUCAGGGGCUCCACAGCGGGAAGAUAUUUGCCAUGAAGGUUCUGAGAAAGGUAGAGAGCUUCUACUUGGGUGAGAUCACUCUGGCUCUGGGACACCUGCAUUCUCAUGGCAUCAUCUACAGAGACCUCAAACCUGAGAACAUCAUGCUCAACCAGCACGGUCAUAUCAAGCUGACAGAUUUUGGUCUCUGUAAAGAGUCGAUCCACGAAGGCAGUGUCACUCACACUUUCUGUGGAACCAUAGAGUACAUGGCUCCGGAGAUCCUGAUGCGCUCGGGACACAACCGCGCGGUGGACUGGUGGAGCCUGGGAGCCCUGAUGUAUGACAUGCUGACGGGCUCGCCCCCUUUCACAGCGGAGAACAGGAAGAAGACCAUCGACAAGAUUCUGAAGUGUAAACUGAGCCUGCCGCCCUACCUCACUGUGGAUGCCAGGGAGCUGCUGAAGAAGCUUUUGAAAAAAAGUCCCGUUCAGAGGCUUGGGUCCAGUAAGGCAGACUGUGGGGAUAUACAGAAACACCCCUUCUUCCGACACAUCAACUGGGAUGACCUACUGAACAGGAAAGUGGAGCCACCAUACAAACCCUGCCUGCAGUCGGAGGAGGAUGUCAGUCAGUUUGACACGCGCUUCACCAGACAGACCCCAGUGGACAGCCCAGAUGACACCACCCUCAGUGAGAGUGCUGAGCAGGCAUUCAUGGGCUUCACCUAUGUUGCUCCUUCAGUGUUAGAAAGCCUGAAGGAGGGAUUCUCCUUUGAACCCAAAACCCGUUCACCACGGAGACUCAACAGCAGCCCCAGGACACCCAUCAGUCCGAUCAAGUUCUCCAUGGCUGAGCCCUUCAGACGCAACCCGGGUGGGGAAGCAGAGGGAGAAGCGGAGCAGAGAAUGGACACCACGCCCCCUCCCAGUGACAUCAAUGCCUCCCAGCCAAUCAGGACGCCAGGGCGUACCAAGAAGCAGGGCGGUCACAAGACCAGGGGAGGGCGGAGUGGAAGAUGAGCAUGGCUGGCUGGCUGGGGUGUCCUGCAUAUCUGAAUGUUACAGGCAGCUGCCUGGGGAGUUAAUCAUGUCUCUCGGGCGGAUCGCAAAGAAUGAUUUUUAAAACCAUGUAGUUCUACUUUCAUGCGAUACUUUGCUUGAUUCGUCUCAAGAGCAUUUAAUGGGAAAUGUUGCCAAAUUUGCAAAAUUCAUCAAACGCUAAGAAACUGUCCCAGAGUCUCAAUACUAACUUACAUUAGUUUUGGAAUAUUACAGGAUUGUUCCCUCCUCCCACUAAAUAAAUAAAAAUCCAGAGGUCCCCUGUGAAGAGAAAAUCUUUAUGCUCAUUGAAUACAAGUUUGAUGUCUUAAUAUCUGUUGACAUAGAAAGUGAAAAUAACAACUUAUCUGUGCCUCCAGAUCUAUUCCACAUAUCAGCUACUCCCCUCUGCAGUUUGUCAGAACUAAGACAGGUCACAAUCGAAGGCUGUUUGACCCCUCUAGCCCACUUGGCAGUUAGUAGAGAAUUGUUCUCAGGGUCUCGUCCAGCUGUUUCUUAAAAGAAGCCAGUGCAAAAAUGGCUGGAUAGCUUGUUCCACACUCCUACUACCCUCUGUGUAAAGAAGCGCAGAAGUCUGUUCUGUGAUCUAAAUGCACUUCCUUGUGCCCUCUGGUCCAUAUUUCACAGCUGCUUCUGAUGCAGUUUGCUUGGGUGACUUUCGAUGCCUUUGAAGAUCUUGAACACUUGUGUCAGGUGCCUUCAUCUGUUCAGGACUAGAGCGAUUCAAGUCCUUCAGCCUGUUAGUGUAAGACUCUCCCCUGAGCCCUGAAAAGCCACCGCUAAAAUAGGCCAUCAUGCGUGGCAGCUAUAGGACAACACAUCCCUUCCACAUGGUGAGAGGGCGACCACCCCAGCUGCUGGUGACCCCCCAGUGCAGCAGGUUUUGUGGGUCACCCUGAAAUCAUUGGAACUGUCCCAGUUGUUCAGAAAUCAUUCUGGCUACUGACAGAGGCGUGUUAAGUGAAAUAGUGUAGUGGCCAUAUUGCCCCGAUCAUCAUCCUAAAUGACUCAACUGUGCUUCGGGUGGCUGAUUUUAGGGAGACCUGGAAGACCUUGCGGUUCCCCAGUUUGUGAAGUCUGAUCUUCUACCUCAUGUGCUCAGACCAGUGUGAAACAUGCAGUGCUGGUGGUGGCCAGUAACUGUGGUCCUGUGAAAUAGCACAAGUGUCACUUGUUUACAUUUAAGUACAGGUUAUGCUCACCAGCCAUGUAGGUUAUGUUUCUGACAAUCCCAUGAUUGAUGAAUGCUUGAGUAUAUGGGAAGUAUGGUGCUUUAGAUUCCCAUAUCCAGUGGUUAUACACAAGCAUGUUCACUGGUGUUGAUGAGUGUAUAGGAAGUAUGGGGUCAGAAUCCCGCGGUCAGUGUUAUACUCAAUUAUGUUUACAGAUAUUGAUGGGUUUAUGGGGCUAGUCUUGAACAUACUUGAGUCAAUACCAGCAGUCAUAACCUACAGAUUCCUCUCGAAAAUGACACACACAAUACUGUGUUAAUCAGGGUGCUCAUACGCGCUAUUAAUUACGUAAUAUUCUCAUUUUGGAAGUGUUUCACAUUUCCUGCCGCCAACCUCGUUGCGAUUCUUCGAUCGGGUUUGCUCUGCUGGGAGUGUUUGACACGCUUGGUGCUGUGUGGCCAAGUGCUGUUUCUUUUGGGUCUUCGGUCAGGGAUCAAGCUGACAGCAGGGCUCGGAAUCGGGAGGCAGACACGGGUGGAGACGGAUUUGGUUUCCGCUCAUUAUUUUCAGGUUUUAUUCGCAAGCGGAUGUUUGCUUCUAGUGGGGAAAUGUUUCAGCUUGAGCCGGGUUUGUGGAGGGUGGGGCAUACCCUGAACUGCAGUCGGGUUUGUGGGGACCCCACAAGCUGCAGUCGGGUUUGUGGGGGCUUGCACACACAUAAACGUGUUGAUAUAUUAAUCUUUAUUUACUCUGUGGCCUUUACCUUGAGACUUGGGGACAGUGUCUUACCGGUUGAAAUGGAAGAUCUUCCACUGUUGGCUCGCCAGCUCGGGUUUGACUGUUAAUUUCGAGCAGUGUUAUUCGGACUGCGGUGCCACUCUGUGAUUUUGGUGGUAGUCCAUCACUGCCUGCCCAGGUGGUGGUGGGCCUGACGCUUUCUGAAAUCAGACAUCAGGGCAGGUAGGUCUGCUAGUUAAAACUUAAUUCUCAAAUCAUCUGUUACAGAAUAUAACUAAGUUUUCUUCUAUAACUUUAGGUUGGGGAAAAUUAAACUCUUUUCUUUUAGUAUAAACUAAAGGUGCGGAAAAUUAUUAUUAUUCUAUAAUUUUUCAUUAAAAAUGUAAUCUUCUGCUGUAACCUUAGGGGGGAAAUUAAAUUGUAUUAUCAUGUUGUAACAAAUUGGAGAUAAUGAUCUUCGUUUCUGAAAUAAAUUCAUGGAUAAUUCCA